CCCGCUGUGGCUAACGCUAGCCGGCUAGCCGUCAGCCGAGCCCCGCCGCGUGUAAGCGCUCCGCAGGGCCGCCGCCGUUAGCCGGAUCCGAUGGUUUUGAAACUGUCCCAAUAUGGGUGACAUGAAAACCCCAGAUUUCGAUGAUCUUCUGGCUGCAUUUGACAUCCCAGAUGCCACAGGGUUGGAUGCUAAAGAGCCCAUCCAGGAGACUCACGAGGACACGGACAGUCAGCUGAAACACACAGGGAUGUGUCUGGAUGACAACUUGUUGGCUCACCAAGCUGCUGCUUCAGCGGAUGUUCCUGUUGUCAGUGUUAUUGUGAAAAACACAAGUCGCCAGGAGUCUUUGGAAGGAUUUGGUGACAGGCUACACACAGGAACAACACUGCAAAAUGGAUUCAGGGGACCUGGGACCUCCACUGACUGCAACAUUGAGACUAACAGUGGCUUUUCCAAAUCCUCAGUGUCCACACUGAAUGGGGAUGACUCACGAGAACUACUCGUGAAAGCACCCAUUCAGUACAAACCCAAAGGAGCACCUAUCUUUUCCCAAUCUUUCUCGCAAUUUAGCCCCAUUUCCAGUCCUGAAUCUGAAGACACUCAAUAUAGUAGAGAUGAUAUCCGUCCAAAUUCAGACAGACCCUUCUUUCCCGAAGCCUCGGUUGUGGUGGAACCAUCCAUGUCAGACAAUCAAAGAAACCUGUCCCUCAGCAUGUUUGACAAUAGCCCUGAGGACUACAAUAUUUCCAAUAACAUUCUGAGGAGUAGAGCAGAAUGUAAUAAAACAGAUAACAUAAGGACUGGGGAGCCGGUCCUUAAGCCAGAAAUUCAUAUCAGUGAGCAGAGGGACAAAGAAGAUGCUCAUAAUAGUACACUUCCCCCUCUAAAUGAUGCCCAGAACUUUACAGAGAGCAACUGCCAUAAAGUAGCCAAGCCUGAUCUUCCUGCCUCUCAUCCAUUUGUCAAGUCUGAGACAUGUAAAUUAUCUUCUUGCCUAGAGGCGCUGGUGGCUCUUAAUGCUAGAAAGGAUUCCAGUGAUCAAACUAAUCCCAAACAGUCAUCAGCUGUUCAUAAUGACUGUACAAAGGCUAGUCCCAAGGUACCUAUAUCACCACGAAGUCCCAGGAGCCCUCUUGAAGCUGUAAAACGGUUAAUGAAACCCUCUGACAGUCCUGUAAGCAUAUGCAGUGAUAGUAGUGGAAAAGCAUCCCCUGCCAUGGCAUCUUGCUCACCCCCUGCCAUACCAAGAGUAAGAAUUAAGACCAUCAAAACAACAUCUGGGCAGAUCAAGCGCACAGUCACCAGUGUUUUACCUGACUCAGAGACAGAUGAGGUUCAGUCUGCCUAUGAGUCCUCUCCAUCCCAAAGUAUGAUCAGUGAGGAUUCUUAUUGUAAUAUGUCUCCCCACCAGUCUCAAAACGUAGUUGGUGAUAGCACUGUUGAAAUGCAUGCCAAAGGUACUUCGGUUAGUACAUCUUCAUCAAAGAUUUUACACCACAAAUUACAGCGACACUCCAAGAGGCCUAACAUGCUGCAAUCCUCAACCAUAUUCCAUAAUACAAGCGGUGUUAGAAGAUCUGUUGCACAUCGAGGGCAGAAACUGAAGAGAAUAUCAUCAUCCCAAACAGGCCAUGCAACAAAUACAAACUUCCUACCCAAAGCAAUGCACUUAGCAAAUCUAAACCUGGUCCCUCACAGUGUUGCGGCUUCAGUCACUGCACGGUCCACCACCCACCAGCAGAACCAACAGACACUCUCCUCCUCCAUUGUGUACAGUUCUGUCCCAUUGGUGCAUCAGGUUAAGACAGCCAACCCUUGUCCACGCACCCCUGUCCCCAACACAGCAGCGGGAACCCUAAACAGACUGUUGAACAAUACCAACCCCGUGCCUACUUACGUGCCCAACCUCAAUCCACCCCCCGAGAGUAACAUCCACCUUCCACCACGGGGAUACUGUUGCCUCGAAUGUGGGGACUCUUUUGGGGUGGAGAGGAGUCUUGUGUACCACUAUGGCAGGAGGAGUGUUCACAUUGAGGUAGCGUGCACCCACUGUGCAAAGACAAUGGUCUUCUUUAACAAGUGUGCCUUGUUGGCACAUGCACGGGAACAUAAGAACAACGGGAUGGUUAUGCAGUGUACACAGCUCUUUAUGAAGCCCAUUGCAGAGGAGCAAAUGUUUGCGCCCUCGAGCUCUGAGUCAUCUGUCAAUGUGGACUCAUACGCUUCAUCAUCAUCCCCGCUGAAAACCCAACCUGUUAUGCCCCUGUAUCCAGACAAUGUCAUUCGGCACCGACUUCGUUGCCUGGAGUGUAACAAGCAAUUGUCCGAUUACAUGGCACUUGCAGCCCAUUACCAGAGGCACUCUGAGGAUAUAGAAGCACUAGUAUGUAAGGUGUGCUCAAUGUUGUUGCCCAACAAGUGUAGCUUUCGGGCUCACCAGCGCAUCCAUGCACACAAGUCCCCGUACUGCUGCCCUGAGUGUGGUGCCCUGAGUCGCUCUGCCGACAUACAGAAGCAUGUGAAGGAAAACUGCCUUCAUUAUGCACGCAAAGCUUGGUACAAGUGUCUUCACUGUGAUAUGGUUUUCAAGUCAGUUAAUGGUCAAAAUAGUCACAUUGAAGAAAAACACUGCGAUGUCUUCUAUAAAUGCUCCAUCUGCCCAGUUGCCUUCAAGUCUUCUGACUGCUGCGAAACUCACAUGAAAAAUAAACACAGUGCUACCAAAAUAUCCCCUCAGUUAAUCUUUAAGUGUUCAUGUGAGACAGUCUUCAAGAAAAAGCAGUUAAUAUUGCAGCACUUCCAUCAGAAUGCUGAAAAGCGUGCCACUUGUGUGUUCAAGUGUCCGGAGUGCACCACAGUAUUUCUACAGAAGCAGUUGUUAAUACAACACUUCAGGAGUGUGCAUAGUGGGAGCGUCAGAACAGAGGCUGAAAAAAAUGGCAAACCAACAGAUCGGGCAGCCCGGCACCAAGAUGCACUCUCAACCGUUCAGCAACUGAAGGUUCACAGUCCAGUCAAGCACACCGAUGUUCCUAGGAAGGAGGCGGAGCAAGGAGGCAAGCCUCGCACAAAGCCCAUGGGCUGGACGUGUGGAGAGUGUCUCAAGUGGUUCCCUGACCGAGAGACUUAUGUUUCACACAUGAAGACUAGCCAUGGAAGGUCACUCAAGAGGUAUCCUUGUCGACAGUGUCAGCGGUCUUUUAACUCUGCAGCCAGUUUGAGAAGACACAUUCGCAAUGACCAUAAUGGAAAGAAGAAAAUUUACUCUUGUUGGUACUGCACAGACACAAAAACAAUAUUUGCCACAAGUGUGAUGUUGAAGAAUCACAUCAUUCUCAUGCAUGGAAUUAAAAACCCUGAUUUAAGCCUAAUGCCAAAAACAGCUAUACAGGAAACCAGCAAGGAUUUGCAAGAGGCGCUUACUUCAAAAAGACCUGCCACUGGCGUCCAAGGGGAAGGGCAGGAGCCUGCUGGUAGUCGAGACGUUUCCUCAGCCAAACGUCUGAAAACUCGAUUCCGCUGUUCAAAGUGCGGCUUCACCACCGAGGACAGCGUGCGGUUCCAGCAGCAUAUACCUCAGCAUAAAACCGGCGAGAACACGCCCCAGUGCCUUCACUGCGGACUGUGUUUCGCAUCACUGCUGUCGCUCAACAGACACCUUUUUAUUGUACACAAAAUCAAGGAGUCUGAGGAGGAGACGGCGGAAGCGGAGGGGCCAGAGACGAGGGGGACGGAGCGAGCCAGCCUGUCUGUUAGACCAGCAGAGGCCAGAGAAAUAAAUAACUUGGUACCAGCCCCAAAUGAAACAAAUCCUCCGCAAGCAGAAGAGCCACCGGGUCGGCACUGUGACAGGAAGCUGGGCUGUAACUUAACACUGAGCUCUCACGCUCAGACCCAAGCGGUCCCUCUCCAGUAGUUAGAGCCUCCAUUGAGUCUCUUUGAAGCUGCUUUAGUUUGUCUUGUUUUUUUUUGUUUGUAUUUUUCAAAGUGAAGGCUAUAUGUGAUGCCUGAUGCUUUGCACGAAGGAGGUACUUCUGGGGCCUUUCAAUGUCUUUGACGUCAUUUGCAGCCACAGACAGUAACUGCUAAUGGAGUCCCUAUAUUUUCUGGAUAACAGUACUUUCACGAUUGUAAGGACAAAAUGAAUAUAUCAAAUUAUGUAUUCUUU